AUGCUACACUACCGUUUUAGAGUCAUUAACAACCAGCUCGAGACAUUUGCAUCCAUAUGGAAUUUCAAACGUGGUGCUUUGGUAGAAAGAAAAUCUUGCCAAUCGUUUUUGAGUGAACUAUCAUAUGGCCACAACAUAUGCGAUUCUAUCGAAAUGUAUAGAUACUGUUAUGGACAAUUUUGCAACAUGGUGUGCCAAUUAAACUCUACGUAUCAGUUACAUCUUUUGGGAUGCAUUUCAGCAUGUUUUUUAAAAAUAUUAUUCAAUCUGUAUUUUUCUAUGUUUGGAUACGUUAUUGGUACUAAUGGUCAGAGAGAACAAGACGAACUAAUACGAGCUAUCUUUUGGAAUGUAUUUUAUGGAAUGAGAUUCUUAACCAUAAUUUAUGUGGCUUAUGCUACGAGCAAACAAGCGGUGAAUGCAAAAACAUUAAUAACUGAUAUAAACAAUAGGUAUUUGGAUACUAGUACACAAGAAGAGCUUCAACUAUUCUACAAUCAAAUAUCUAGUCGUUCUAUUGAAUUCACUGCUUGUGAUUUAUUCACUUUGAAUACCCGUUUAAUCACUUCAGCUAUAGCUGCUGGUGCCACAUAUCUAGUUAUUUUAGUGCAAUUUCACUCUGGAAAAAAUUAAAUUUAUCAACAUAUUACAUACCCACUCAAUUAAGUGUUUGAAAUGUUUCAAUAUACG